AAGCGACGGAGAGAUGGCGACUACCGCUUGGCUGCUGGGCCGACGCGUAAUGAGCUGGAGGCUGCAAGCGCCGCCGCCGCUUGCCCGCCUCGUUUCCCAGCGGGCCCACUCGCUGUUGGCGGUGGACGAUGCGAUCAACGGGCUGAGUGAGGAGCAGAAGCAGCUUCGUCAGACGAUGGCUAAGUUCCUUCAGGAGCACCUAGCCCCACAGGCCCAAGAGAUUGAUCGAAGCAAUGAAUUCAAGAACCUUCGGGAGUUUUGGAAACAGCUGGGGAACCUGGGAGUCCUGGGCAUCACAGCCCCUGUCCAGUAUGGCGGCUCUGGCCUGGGCUACCUGGAGCAUGUGCUGGUGAUGGAGGAGAUAUCCCGAGCUUCUGCAGCAGUGGGACUCAGUUAUGGCGCCCACUCCAACCUCUGCAUCAAUCAACUUGUGCGCAAUGGAAAUGAGGCCCAGAAGGAGAAGUACCUCCCCAAGCUGAUCAGUGGUGAGUACAUCGGAGCCCUGGCCAUGAGUGAGACCAAUGCUGGCUCUGAUGUUGUCUCCAUGAAGCUAAAAGCAGAAAAGAAAGGAGAUCAUUAUGUCCUGAAUGGCACCAAGUUCUGGAUCACCAAUGGCCCUGAUGCCGAUGUCCUUAUCGUCUAUGCCAAAACAGAUCUGGCUGCUGAGCCACCUUCUCGGGGCAUCACAGCCUUCAUCGUGGAGAAGAACAUGCCUGGCUUCAGUACCUCCAAGAAGCUGGACAAGCUAGGAAUGAGGGGCUCUAACACCUGUGAGCUAAUCUUCGAAGACUGCAAAGUUCCUGCUGACAACAUCUUGGGCCAUCUAAGUAAGGGCGUCUACGUGCUAAUGAGUGGGCUGGACCUGGAGCGGCUGGUGCUGUCUGGUGGGCCCCUCGGGAUCAUGCAGGCUGUCCUGGACCACACCAUUCCCUAUCUGCACGUGAGGGAAGCCUUUGGCCAGAAGAUUGGCCACUUCCAGUUGAUGCAGGGGAAGAUGGCCGACAUGUACACUCGCCUUAUGGCAUGUCGGCAGUACGUCUACAAUGUCGCCAAGGCCUGUGAUGAGGGCCACUGCACCACCAAGGACUGUGCGGGUGUGAUUCUUUACACAGCUGAGUGCGCCACACAGGUGGCGCUGGAUGGCAUUCAGUGUUUCGGUGGCAAUGGCUACAUCAACGACUUUCCCAUGGGCCGCUUUCUGCGUGAUGCCAAGCUGUAUGAGAUUGGGGCUGGGACCAGUGAAGUGAGGCGGCUGAUCAUCGGCAGAGCCUUCAACACAAAUUUCCACUAACCCCAAGACCUUCACCCCUCGUCCCAGCACCUAGAGGCCUUUCUUUGGAAGUAGAGGUGUGGCAGCUCCCCUCCAUGGUCUGAGGCAGGUUCUGCUGCUUGGCUGCCCUUGGGUCAGCCCUGUGGGCCUCAGCCAGGCCACCCAGCCAGCUAGCCUAAGAAAAGCAUUCGGUGGCUUCAGAUGGACUCGGCAGGAAGCAUAGUGGCUUUUCUGGGCCUAUUGGGAUGGGCUUUGGUGACCCUAUGCCCUCGCUCUCUAACCUCCAAGCCUGACUCACCCACUUCCCAUGGUGGUCAUGUGGGGGCAGGCAGUCAUCUCCUUUUCUUGGGUGAGCCUCUGGCAGAGAGCCCUCUGCUCAUUUACUUGAACUUGGUAGGCUCAAGGGAAAAAACCCAAAACCUAGCCUUUGUUUCUGCUGAUUUCUAGAGGUGGCAGCCCCCAGCAGCUUGGAAGCAGGUACCCACUCUGCACAGCCCUUGCACCCCUCCAGGGGCUUCAUUCUUGAGGGCUGAAAUCCCACCAUGUUGGGGUGGAGCUUUGGGAAUAGGCGUCUCAGAACAUGUGUGCCGUCCAGUCUACCGUGGGGCGGAGAUCAGCAGGCUUAUGAAGGAUUAGCUCAGCAUGCCUCUGGCAGCACCUCUGAGCCCUUCUGCACUGUGGUGCCACCGUCACCAUCGUCCUGGCCAUGUGACAGCACACAUCUGACUGGGCAGCAGGCCUGCGUUGUCUGGCUCAACUCCAGCCGAGGCUGCCUGUGUACAUUUCUCUGGACGCUCUAUGGCUAAUUUUGUUACAACUGCACAGCGGCUGCUGCCAUUUUGUAUUAAACAUAUUAUGAAGCAGACCCAUCUGCUUCUACACUGGUGUUUGUGGGGAGAAGCAACUGACUUGCUACUGCCUCCUGUCUGGCUCCAGCCCCAUGAAGAACGACUGGUCCCCGUCCUGAUCCUGCCCUUAGGAGAGAAGAGGCCUCAGCCUCCCUUUUCUAGGUUCCCCAGAGUUUUUUUUUUUUUUUUAAAGAAGUUAGAAGCCUAGAGUGGUAAGAGUCUUGGAGCUAGAAGGAAGUUCAUAAAUUUUUGGAAAACAUCCCCAUGUUUUUUUAAAAGAUCAAGACAGCC